UCAAAAUCUAAAGUGCUGCAAAAACAGGCAGUCUUAGGGCAUCGCUUUUCUAUAACAACAUAAAAAGUCAGUCGUCUAAAACAAAAUGCUUUCAAAAUAAACAUAGCUUUCAAAACAAAGUGACGCACUGAAAAAGCCAAAAAUAAAACGUACCAAAUUUAUUUUUAUAAUUUCCUCAAAGAGUCUCGCAAGGGAAUCCGAAAUGGAUCGUGAGAAAGUGAAGGGCACAGUGGUGCAACCACAUCAACCGGGCAAGGUUCAAGUGAGGAACCCGUCGCUGAAUCUGGAGAACCAGUUGGUGGGCGGCAAGUACAGGGUAAUCAGACCCAUUGGAUCCGGCUCCUUCGGCGACAUCUAUCUGGGCUUGUCCAUUAAAGACGGCAUCGAGGUUGCCAUCAAGGUGGAGGCCACCGAUGCACAGUAUCCGCAGUUGAUGUACGAGGCCAAGGUGUACAAACAGCUGCGCCUCAAUCCUGGAUUCCCCAAGCUGCUGCACUUCGGCACCGAGAGGCGCUACAACGCCAUGGUCAUAGAGCUUCUGGGACCGUCGCUGGAGGAGCUCUUCAACCUAUGCAAGCGCCGUUUUUCCCUGAAGACCGUGAUGAUGCUAAUCGAUCAGCUCCUGCUGCGCCUCGAAGCCGUUCACGAGGCCGGGUUCAUCCAUCGAGAUGUCAAACCUGAUAACUUCCUGAUGGGACUCGGCCAUAACUCCACCCAACUGUACCUUAUUGACUUUGGUCUCUCCAAGCGGUACAAGGACAGCGAGACGCAUGAGCACAUCCCCUAUCGCAGGGAUCGCAAUCUCACGGGCACUGUGCGAUAUGCCUCAAUGAAUGCCCAGAUGGGCGUGGAGCAGUCCCGCCGGGAUGACAUGGAGUCCAUGGGCUACUGCAUCAUGUACUUCAAUAUGGGCAAGUUACCCUGGCAGGGUAUCACGGCCGCCAACAAGAAACAGAAGUACGAGAAGAUACUGGAGAAGAAGAGUGGCAUCUCGAUUGAGACUCUCUGCCGCGGACUACCCACCGAGUUUGCGCUGUAUAUGAAGUACGUUCGAAAUCUGCGCUUCAAGGAGCCCCCGGAUCACAAGUAUCUGCGCCAGCUGUUUCGCGUCUUAUACCGCUCCCUGAACCAUCAGUACGACUUCAUAUACGACUGGACGCGCCUCCAGGAGCAGCAGAAGGAGCGUCUGCGUCGUGACCGCGAGAAGGAAGGAGAGAAGAACCGUGAACGCUUUCAUGCCACCGACCGACAGCCGGACGUGGAGCGUGCUCGCAGGACUUCCACUCAGCAGGCGGAGCACACUUAUCGCCGCCAGUCCGCCAGAUAUGAACACGAUCGAACAAUUGGCGAUGGGUCCCUCAGCCGGCGAUAUAAGUAGUGCAGCGUUAUCAAAAUCAAUUCCUUUUUAAAGUUCAGUGGUUCCACGUUGGAACCACACUUUAGUGUUAACCAAACGGAUAUCUGUAUUUUGGGUUCCACCUGGUAACGGAGAAGGCAGUUCUUUUAAAAUUGCCUACAUUUUAUGGAUAAAUAGUACAUCAUUUAGAUCCUGAAUUAAAGCUUAUUUUAUAAUGUUGCGAAA